GGCCGCGUUUCGGGGGUGGCGGCUCCUCCCGGCGGCGCAGCAGCGCGGCCGCCAUUGCAUCACUGCGCGCCCCGCGCUCGGCCGCGCCUCAGCCCGCAGCCCGGCCCCGGCGGGGGCGCUGCAGCCGCAGGGAACGGCCGCUGCGGGGAGAGCGGGCACCGCGGCAGCGCCGGAGCGAGCGACCCUCGGCCGGGCCCCGGCGCCGCGCCGGCACAGCUGAGGCGGCGGCCGCGCCCGCCCGGCCCCGCGCUCCGCGCAGCACCCCGGCGGCGGGGCCGGGGCUCGGCGGGAUGCGCCGGCGGUGACGGGGCGGGGGGUGCCGGGCAGGGGCCUGCGCCGGCCGCCAUGGGCCCCGCCUGAGCGGCGCGGCCGCGGCGCACACAGCGGGGCCGGCCCGCGGGGGUCAGGGCGGGCCGCCCCCGGGGCUCCGCGGUCCCGGCCCGGCGGCGCCUCCCGCCCGGCGCGCCCCCUGCGGGUGAGCGGCGCGGCGGCCGCCCCCGGGCCCGCGGGCCGGGCAUGGGCGGCGCGGCGGCGGGCGGGCGCUGAGCGGGCGGCGGCAGCAUGGAGGCCAUCUGGCUGUACCAGUUCCGCCUCAUCGUCAUCGGCGACUCCACCGUGGGCAAGUCCUGCCUCAUCCGCCGCUUCACCGAGGGCCGCUUCGCCCAGAUCUCCGACCCCACGGUGGGCGUGGAUUUCUUCUCCAGGCUGGUGGAGAUCGAGCCGGGCAAGAGGAUCAAGCUGCAGAUCUGGGACACGGCCGGGCAGGAGCGGUUCCGGUCCAUCACCAGAGCCUACUACAGGAACUCGGUUGGCGGACUCCUCCUCUUCGACAUUACAAACCGCAGGUCCUUCCAGAACGUCCACGAGUGGCUAGAAGAGACCAAGGUGCACGUCCAGCCCUACCAGAUCGUCUUCGUUUUGGUAGGUCACAAGUGUGACCUUGACACACAGCGACAAGUCACCAGGCACGAGGCUGAGAAACUGGCUGCUGCAUAUGGUAUGAAGUACAUUGAGACCUCAGCUCGGGAUGCCAUUAACGUGGAGAAGGCCUUCACUGAUCUGACUCGAGAUAUAUAUGAGCUUGUUAAAAGGGGGGAAAUUUCGAUCCAGGAGGGAUGGGAAGGGGUAAAGAGCGGGUUUGUCCCAAACGUAGUGCACUCUUCAGAAGAAGUGGUGAAAUCAGAUAGGCGAUGCUUGUGCUGAGCUCUUCUAGUGAGGCAAGUGGUGAUGAACUCUACUAACCAAACGUACUUUACUAAGCGAACUCAGCGUGACAGAAGGGAGAGCCACGCUCCCGUCGUGAACAGCUUCCCACGUUGUUUUGGACACCAGAACAGACCCUGGGAAGAAAUGUGCUGUUCCAAAUAAUCUUUCGGAACUGGGGGCUACAAGCCUAACGGAGAGUGAGGGUGCAUGUAGAUGUUGUUAAGGGGACAACAAGCAGAAAUGAAGGGCUGCAGAGGACAGGAGAGGGUAUGCAGAGAGCUGAAUGGGCCGGCACAUCCCAGGGUACUGUACAUGUCCUCUUCUAAGUAAAUCUAUAGCUCCACGCUGGGUAUUAAAGCCACAGAAUGGAUACUUUAAUAGUGUGGCAAAUGGGCAGAGAGAGAAAGAGGACAUCUUGGUUUAUGCCAGCUGUUUAUUGCCAGGAAGGUGUAAAGGCAGCGCAGAUACUGUUUCCUCAUCAGGCCAACGCCACAGGAGGAGUUUACUGAUGUGGUAUGCACACUCCUGAAUUUUCUUUCUUAUGUUCUUGAACCUAGUUUGAUAGCAAAGAAUAUUCUGCGGGAUUUAAAGAGGAAAACAGUAGUCAUUUGAUUGAUAAUUAACCUUUAAAUGAUUCCCCCUCUCAUAGUGCUUUUCUUGUUGUGCCGAGCUGGGAUUCUAAGUGGCAACUCCUGCUCCAGUAGUAAUUAUUCAAUGCAUUUUUGCGCAUCUACUGCCUAGGUGAGUACCUUGAAAGUACCCUGAGUUCAGGGCUUUCCCAUAGAAUUAAGUGAUCAAGAGCAUAAUGAACCAUGUCCUCCUAUCUUAAGGCUGAGGUGUUGCAGCCAGGUGGGACACACCCCCAUUUCCAUGUUGCUGACAGCGCUCUGCUGACCGGUUGGGUGUCCUGCGACCCCGGUGACGAGGAGGAAUGGAGAAGGGAAAAACACCAGUCCCCUCCCAAAAUAAAAAACUUGAAAAGCUUAACUCAGGUGCGUCAGACAUCCUAAAGUGAGAGAUUUGCUUGUGAAGAAGUUAAAUAGUGUGGAAAGCAACAGCUUCCAUCAGCACUUUCUGCUGUUGGCCAUUUUCUUUCUCGGCAGCUGCGGGAGAACCGGCCGGGGAGGGAGCCGCACACGGCUUGGCUGGGCGGGGGGAAGAAAAGCCAGAAAACAAGCUCAAGAGUAAAACUGUUUUCGUCCAUGCUUUGUCAGAAGAGGAUCAGCCUUGGGCUGGUGAGCGCGGGGCGGCAGCUGUGUCACAGAAGCUAAACGUAGGUGGACGUUUUCUGGGAACGCCGUGGACCACUUGAGCUUUCCUUCCACUAAGUUUUAACUUAAGCUUUUGAAGCGCAGCAGGGUAACUGUGCUCCUGGAGCAAACUGGGGCAGUUCAGCCUAUUAAAAACAAACAAAACUAUAGUGACUUUUUUUACUCAAGUUUGCAAGCUUUAUACACCAAACUGCUCAUGGGCAGGAGGGAGGGGUUAGGUAAAAAACCACAGGAAGCAUCUAGGAUUUGAUUUUAGGCCUCUAAGUAGAGAAGAAAACACUUCUUACAGCUUUUUAAGCUACUCGGCCUAUAAAAGCGUGAGUCUUCUUGACUGCUGUCGAAUUUGGACUAUUUCUCCCUUGGAACCUGUUCUCGCAGUUGGCAGUGCAGGGGCAGGUCUGUAUGAAGAAAAACCCUGUGGUUUCUCUAUUAAAGCUGUUAAAAAAAACCUAAACAAACCAAACCAAACGACAAAGAAACAAACCACCAGUCAAACCCCUGAGGAUGAGUAACAUUUUUAUUUUCAGUGUUCUAGGAGCAGUGUCAGUUCCCGGGCUCUGUAGGGGCGCAGCAGCAGCAGCGUUGUACCUGCUGGGACGGCACCGGCAGCGAACGGGAGGAAGGGCAGGGUAAGCUUGUCACUGCUGAGCACCCCCGGUCACUCCUGAACGGGCUGUACGUGGAUCAAAAACCUGGUGCUACAGCCCAGUGAGUUCCAGGCAGAUUCAGCGGCGGUUGAGUGAAUACCCUGAGGAUUAAUUUAAAAAAACCCAAUCCCUUUACACGGUCUCUUUGUAGGUGAGCAGAGCUGGAGCAGGUUGCAGCCUGGGGGCUCUGGCGGUUCACUCGGACCGGGUCUGUGCGUCCUGUUGUCACCAGGCAGGGACAGACGCGCUCCCAAGGGCCGGCUCUGCGUUCUCAGACCGCCCGGGUCUGUCAGGGCCGGCUGUUCACGAGGUGUCUUGGGCUGUCUCGCCGAAGGAAACAGAGCGCUGAGAAGUUGGGUCAGACAGCAUUUUAGCAAUAGCAAAAUAGUGUAAUUCUCUGUGCAGGAAGCUGGCCAGCAGGGAAAGAUCACUUUUCAAGAGACAACCAGUGCUUUAUUUAAUGAGUUUUGGAAAUUCCCCUCUACAGCUCUCAGAGAGACGUUGCAGAAAGCCUAAAUAACUAAGUGCAUUCAGGCCUUCGGAGUAAAUCUUCAAUUGCAAAUUACGAGUGUCGUAAUUCUAAAGAGGAACAGUACAGAAGAAAAUGCACUCAGUCUUAACUACUUAGAGGUAAUAAAUGGUUAUAUGAAAUUAUAGAGAAAUCAUUAUAUACAUGUUUUUCUAAUUCCUUGAAUUUUCUAGACAGCUUAUUAAAAUAUAGGAAAUGUAGAUUCAUCUGUACAAAAUUUGGAAUGCUUUUUCUAAGAUGAAGAACUUACAGGAUAUGCUAAGAAUUCUUUUCUAACAACUGGUUUUAAUGCUUUGACUUCUAGUGCAAGAGGGAUUUAGAGAAUCAGAAGGUGAUGCCUUUCACAGGAUAAAGGUCAGGAGCUCUUUUACUCUAGGACAAAAGUGAAAAAAAAAAAGAAGCUAACUUUCUGUGGUCUCUACCACCUUAAAAACAACCUGCAUGUUGGACUGAAAUUGCUCAGAACCUCCAAAAUAAAAGCAUACUAUACACUUUCCUCGCUUUCUGUUAUGCACUGUAACGAAAUGUGAAAAUAACGCUGUAUUUAGCUGUCUGUAUGUGACUGAAAAUAUGCUUGUAUUUAGCAAAAUGGUUACUACGUGAUAACGUGAAAUUUAAAACUUGUAAAGAAA